AUGACCGUUAUGGCGGAUUGGAGAGUUCGUUCUACUAAAAGUCAUCUGGACAAACUGGUGGAAAUUAUGGAGCGAAACCCCGAGCUGGUAAAAGGUGGGGGUUCAAAUCCUACAUCUUUUUGGAAGAGUGUGGCUUUGGAGCUUAACUCCAUGGGGCCAGCUGUGAAGGAAGCAGCUGCUUGGAAAAGGAGUUGGAUUGAAAAAAAGUCGGUGGUUAAAAAAAAGCUUAGCCACAAUAAGAAAGAAUUGCAGCAGACAGGAGGUGGGAAACCGGCAAUGAACACUCUCAGUGAACUGGAAGAGCGAAUAGCUGCAGUUACGAAUAUGCGAGACAUCACCAACAGGAUUGAAGGUAGUCUAUGCAUCGGUAUAGGAAAUCCGUUGGAGCAGCCCGGACCAUCACACCACACUCAGCUCUCGGACCCUGGACCAUUAUACCAUACCGAGUUCUCUGACCUUGGACCAUCACAUCACAUUCAGUCCUCAGAGCCCGGACCAAAUCACAUUCAGUCCUCAGAGCCCGAACCGCAUCACAUUCAGUCCUCAGAGCCCGGACCAUCGCACCAAACCCAGUCCUCGGAGCAACCCACACCUCCUGACCAGCAACGUGACCGCGGCGACCGCGGCCCACGUGGAGUUGGCUUUACCUUGAUUUGA